CCCACUCCUCCUUUUGCUCCGGUUCCCACGUGGUCCCGGGUUGGGAACCCGGGGUUGCAUUGCACGUCGGAAGGCUUGCCAAAAAAAAAAAAAAAAAGCAGAAAAAGCCCCGCUCCUCUGCAGCGCUUGCUGGAAUGAGGAGGCUGCUGGGGGGGCCAAAGGGGAUUUGGGGUUAUUUGAGGGUCGCCGUCGGGGCAUGGAGAAGCGGCCCCGGGGGUCGGCGGAAGGGGCGCCCGGGUCCUGGGUUUCUCGGGGAAGCCAGCGGAGUUUUGCCCGGUCCCUGGAGAUCUAGCCCUUGGGUGGGCGAAGGCUGGAGGGGAGCCGCCGGUCAGGAGUGUCUUGCAAUGGCUGAGCAAUUUGGAAGUCUGGAAAACAGCCUGGCUAAGAGGCCGAGGGAGGAGAAGGAGCCUGGGAAGCAGGAGGAGAACGGACACGAUGCCAAAAGGCUGAAGGACAACGAGGACGAGGUCAAAGACGAGGCGAAGAAGUUCCCGAAGAAGAAAGUUGUGCUGUUGCUGGUGUAUUGUGGGAAAGGCUAUCAUGGGAUGCAGCGCAACGUGAAAUCUUCCCAGUACAGGACAAUUGAAGACGACUUAGUAUCAGCCCUCAUAAAAUCUGGAUGUAUUCCAGAAAACCAUGGAGAAGACAUGAAGAAAAUGUCAUUUCAGAGAUGUGCUAGGACCGAUAAGGGUGUGUCUGCGGCCGGACAGAUUGUUUCCUUGAAGGUCUGGCUGAUUGAAGAUAUUUUACAGAAGAUAAACCAGCAUCUACCUUCUCACAUAAGAAUUUUAGGGCUGAAAAGAGUGACAGGGAAAUUCAAUUCCAAGAACAGAUGUGAUGCCCGGACCUAUUCCUACAUGCUGCCGACGUUCGCCUUCGCCCACAAGGACGACACACGUCAGGAUGAAAUCUACCGCUUGAGUGCCGAGACUUUGGAGGCCGUCAACAACCUCCUGGCCUGCUAUAAAGGCACCCACAACUUCCACAACUUCACCUCCCAGAAGGGCCCCAAGGACCCCAGCGCCAAACGUUACAUCAUGGAGAUGCUGUGCGAAGAGCCCUUCGUGAGGGACGGCUUGGAGUUUGCGGUGGUCAAGGUGAAAGGGCAGAGUUUCAUGAUGCACCAGAUCCGUAAGAUGGUCGGCUUGGUGAUCGCCAUCGUGAAGGGCCAUGCCGCCAAAUCCAUUAUGGAGCAGAGCUGGGGAGAGGAGAAGGUGGACAUUCCCAAAGCCCCUGGGCUGGGCCUGAUUUUGGAACGGGUUCACUUUGAGAGCUACAACCAGCGGUUUGGGGACGACGGCCUCCACGAAGCCCUGGAAUGGGCAGAAGAAGAGGAGAAGAUUGCGGCUUUCAAAGAGCAGCACAUCUAUCCCACCAUUAUCAAGACGGAGAAGGAAGAGAGGUCCAUGAUGAGUUGGCUGGAGACGCUCUUCAACCAUCAGUUUGAUUCCACCAUCUCGAGGUUGCAGGAAGAUACCAGAGAUGCCAAGUCUGAUCCUGAAGGCAGCGAUGGAUGUGAAGACAAUUCUGAUUGAGGAUUUCAGGCACCCUUUGAUACCCUGGAUUCUAGUCCCUUUGGCCAGGAAAACCAAGCUUUUCUCAAUGAUGGAUAUUCCUUAGUCUUGAACCAAAUGAAAUGAUGCUUUCCAUCCUCACUGCAGCAAUGGAAAGGGAGACUGCUAGCUAGAACAAACACUGCUUAAAUUAUGCUCUAUAAAAAAAAUGAUUUUUUAAAAACAUGUCGGAGAAAAAUAAUUAUCGGACUCUUACGGAUAAGGGCAAGCCAUUAAGAAUGCUGUUCUCUUGGUUUUUUUCCAAACAGCCAAAAUUAAUUGUUCUCUUGGAAAGCUUUCUGUGAUUAUUGGCUUAGCCGAAUAGUAAGGAUUUUGGAAACUCUUUCUUCCUUUUGUAAAAACAAUAUAUUUUUAAUUUGUUUUUUUUUAUUUUAUUUUCACUUUCUCAUAGACCAAAUAAUGUGGUGGUUGAAACAAACUCUGGAUUGGAACAUCUGAGUUUCAUCUCUUUUUUUUUUUUUUUAAGGAAAUUCUAUUUCAGGUUUUUUUUAAUGCUCCUUU